AUGGUGGGCUUACACAAUGAAGACUCGUCAACGACUGGCUGGGCUACUAGGCUGAAGAGGCUACCCCGUGCCGUAUGGCAUCGACUGGUGUACAUGCCUCUGACGGCGAAGUUCACACUCGCCUUCCUCUGUCUGUUCUAUGGCGCUCUCAUUGCCUUCAUCGUGAUCGUGACGCCUGCGCGUAUUGGCCAGUUUCUGUACGAUACCGCCCAACGCAUCAGCGGCCAUCCUCUGGGAUGGUUACUUCUCACCGGAAUGAUAUUUCUGGUGUCCUUCCCCCCUGCCAUCGGUCACAGUACCGUCUUGAACCUAUGCGGGUUUGCAUAUGGCAUCAAGGGCUUUGCGGUCGCUGGACCAGCGUCGCUCUUCGGAUCCGCCUUUGCCUUUAUUGUACUACGCUACUUCUUUGCUAGAAGGCUUGCUAGAUGGUCGAGCACGCACGAAGGCUGGCAGGCAUUAGAGAGUGUUAUCCAAUCAAAAGGUUUGCCCCUAAUGGUUUUAAUACGAGUCUCGCCUUUCCCUCCUUGGGUUUACUCCAAUUCGUUAUUCGCUUCCAUACGUUCUGUCUCGCUAUGGCAGUUUAUGGUGGCCACUAUCUUCACCUUCCCAAGGUUCUUACUCUACGUCUUCAUUGGUUCGCGCCUUGCUGCGCUUGCCGACGGAGAACAACGCGGAAAGAUGGAUAAGACUGCGAAGAUCCUCAACGGUGUUCUGGUCGCAGGCGGCAUUCUACUGGGAGUUGCUGCGGGCUGGAUCAUCUACGUUCAAAUGCAGAAGCAGCUGAAGAAAGUGUCACCAUCCGCAGCAGAAGCUCUUCACGAAGCAGAUGAGGGCGAGCCGCUCCUAGAAGAUCCUGACGAGUAUGACUGA